AUGUGCCAAUCUACUAAAAGACAACAAGCAGCGGCAGCAAAAUGUCAAAAGGAAUUUUCCAUUUCGAGACCAACUGAUAAGAAUCCGAAUACAAAAACAGCAAAUGAAAUGGCAAUAAAUCUUGUUAGGACUUUUUUUUUCUCUCUGGCUUCAUUCUUCUCCCAAAGACUGAAAGCCAAUUGCGUAUCAAGACAUAACGCCCGCCGAACACAAGAUGGAAAAAAAUGGACAAAGCUCAGCAUAAGAAGAGAAAUUAUUGUGUGCGCUCAAAGAUCACAAACAAUUAAAUGA